GUAUUGGAACUCUCUGAGUAACCUGGUGGCAUCGCUGCUUAACUCUGUUCGCUCCAUCGCCUCCCUGUUACUGCUACUCUUCCUCUUCAUCAUCAUCUUCAGCCUGCUCGGCAUGCAGCUCUUCGGAGGCAAGUUCAACUUUGACGAGACGCGCCGGUCAACCUUCGACAACUUCCCCCAGUCGCUGCUCACCGUCUUUCAGACUCCUGCCCAGACCUCAGCAGGACCUCCUGCCCAGACCUCAGCAGACCUCCUGCCCAGACCUCAGCAGACCUCCUGCCCAGACCUCAGCAACCUCCUGCAGACCUCAACAGACCUCCUGCCCAGACCUCAGGAGACCUUCCUGCCCAGACCUCAGCAGACCUCCUGCCAGACCUCAAGCAGACCUGAGCCUGCCCAGACCUCCAGCAGACCUCCUGCCCAGACCUCAGCAGACCUCCUGCCCAGACCUCAGCAGAUCACCCUCCUGCCCAGGACCCUCCAGCAGACCUCCUGCCCAGGACCUCAGCAGAGACCUUCCUGCCCAGACCUUCAGGAGACCUCCUGCCCAAGACCUCAGAGACCUCCUGCCCAGACCUCAGGAGACCUCCUGCCCAGACCUCAGCAGACCUCCUUGCCCCAACCUCAGCAGACCUCCUGCCCAGACCCUCAGCAGACCUCCUGCCCAGACCUCAGUAGACCUUCCUGCCCAGACCUCAGGAGACCUCCUGCCCAGAACCUCAGUAGACCUCCUGCCCAGACCUCAGGAGACCUCCUGCCAGACCUCAGCAGAUCCUGCCCAGACUCAGCAACCUUUAAGAGGAGGACAGCAGGGAACAGAAGACAGGAGCCGACAGGACAACACAAAAACACCCAGGCUAACUUGCUCUUACUGCAGAUAGACUACCAACAGACUGGCUCCCAGCCGGUCCCCAUGUUCUCUGUGACGCCCAGCCUUGCCUCUAAUGCCAGUGCUGCCGCUGCCGCUGCGUUUAACCCCUACCUGGGCCCGGUGUCGCCCGGCCUGAUGCCCACUGAGAUCAUGUCCAGCGCCCCGGUCUUGGUGACCAGCAACCCCAACGUCUCCAUGCCCUCUGCCGCCGCCGCCGCCGCCGCCGCCGCUGCACAGAAACUCAUGAGGACAGACAGACUGGAGGUGUGUCGGGAGUACCAGAGAGGUAACUGUACGCGGGGGGAGAAUGACUGUCGCUUCGCCCACCCCUCAGACAGCACCAUGAUAGACACCAKCGACAACACYGUGACGGUGUGUAUGGARUACAUCAAGGGCCGCUGCUCCAGGGAGAAGUGUAAAUACUUCCACCCUCCAGCCCACCUGCAGGCCAAGAUAAAGGCUGGCCAACACCAGGUCAACCAGGCUGCUGCCGCGUCAGCCAUGACUCAGACGGCUGUCAAAUCACUGAAGCGACCCCUCGACGCAACCUUUGACCUGGGGCUCCCACCUGUUUUACCUCCAUUACCAAAGAGACCCACAGUUGAAAAAUCCAACGGUGCCACUGCCAUGUUCAACGUCGCUGCCAUGUUCCAGUACCAACAGGCCCUGGCCAACAUGCCGUUUCAGCAGCAGUUCAUCCCGUCAGGCUCGAUAUUGUGCAUGACACCUGCAACAAGUGUUGAGUGGGACUGGACUGGAUUGGGACAGACUGUGGGUUGCAGACAGGUACCCAUGAUGCACGGUGCUACGCCCGCCACUGUGUCUGCAGCCACCUCCUCUGCCACAAGUGGUCCCUUUGCAACCGCAACAGCCAAUCAGAUUCCAAUAAUAUCUACAGAUCAUCUUACUAGUCACAAGUAUGUGACUCAGAUGUAGAAGUCUCUACCAGAACAAUGAAACUGGAGUGUGCUGGUGUUCCAUCCGUCCCAGACAACAGUUCACCCUUCAUGCCUGUAAGCAUAGAAAUAGAAUCUUUAGAAUGGAUGCUAUUUCUAUGCCUGUAAGCAUAGACAUAGCAUCUUCAGAAUAGAUUAUAUGUCUAUGCCUGUAACAUCCAGAACACCAGGAGACUCCAACCACCUGUAAGCUGUGGCGGUUCUGACAUGCAUGCUACUCGAAGAGGUCCAGUUUGUCAUAAGGUGGUAAACAUGUGUAUUCUACACACACCAUACGGACAACAGCACCUCCGACAGAGAGAGGAACUAUGCCAUCUACAGAACAUUACAGCCAGCCUUUAUAUCUGUGGAGGCAUCAUCCAUUAAAACACCGGACACACUUUGAAUGUCAACAUGAGGAUAGUCACGCCCACUAGUUUGUUAUGUCAGCAGACCAAGACUCUCUUUUAUGUUAUUUUCAGUUUGUUUUUCUUUKAUUUAUAUUAUUUUUCAUGGUUUACACAAAACAAAGGUGCACCUUGUAUUUUAAACAAGAGGAGGGAAAUGAUGAGGAAUAGUAGCUAAUUGCCAUAUUAGACUGAAGGAAUUGUACAUGGCUUGUUUGUUGAUGACAUGGUUCUUUACAAGAUCAACUUGGUUGAAAUGGGUUAGUGGGCUUGGUGCCAUAAUGACAGCUGAAUGUUAUGGGUUUAGUACACCUUUGUGUUUUAAAACCCAUCCCAGCUUUACUAGAUAUGUUGCAAGCUCCACUUAAAGUACCAUAGACUAUGUAUGUAUAUCCCCAAAACCUUGAGUGUUAUGAGGUCAUUAUAGCCAUGUUACAGUGUUAACCUGGGGAACGCCUUCAACGUCUCCAAUGUCUCUAGUGUCCUUGUUCAUUGAAUGUUUGUCUACAGUUUGAUGUCAUUAACAGAUGAACCAGUCAUGGUCUUUGCCUCUUGGGUACGCAGUUACCGACCUUAGGUUGUUUGAUUUACCUCUGGUCUUCUGUUGGUUUUCUUUUGAUUUGCCUUGAGCUUAGAUUCCAUGGUGUCGGCAGAACAAGAGAACAGGGGUCUUGGUUCUGU